AUGUCCAACCUUUUCAUACCAUCUUUCACUGGCCCGAUCGCUCGCUCGACACUCGCAGGUCCUUCAAGACUCCCCCAUCGGUGCUUCUCCAGCAUCCCACGCCGACAGGUAUUAGGCCGUAUAACGCCAAAGAGGAUAGCUGUACCUAGGUCGGCAAUCGAGAAUGGACAAUACGCUGCUCCAGCGGGUUAUACGAAUAGCUCGCUGCCUAGAAGAUCGAUAUGGCGUCCAAUUGUGUUUUGCGGGUUACUAGGUGGAGGUGGAUACGCCGCAGCUGCAUUGUAUACCAACAAUGACACGCAGAAAUGGGGUGAUAAGCUUGGUGGGAGCAGCUGGUGGAGAAAGGGUCAGAGUCAACCGAGUGAUAGAGAGAUUCAUAGAGCGAAGCAGUUAGAGGGGGCUAGGGUCGCACAGAAAACUCUCAACAAUCUCCCCAACACCCUCUCCUUCCUUCCCAAUUUCCUGCUCAUCCCUGUUCUCCGUACGUACGUCAUGGCCUCUGAAUUCUACCUCAAUACGCCUUCAGCGCAACUCGCUCCCAUGGGUUUGAUCUUCGUCAUGGGGAACGUAUUUGUUUGGUGGAAGCUCAGAAGACUGGAACCAUUCAUGAGGAAAUGGUGGUUACAUCGACCUAUCGUUUUUGGCACGAAGAGGGAUGAGUGGAGGAACUGCGUUACUAUGUUCACUAGCGUUCUAUCACACCAAUCCCUCCCUCAUCUCGCAUUCAACUCCCUCGCCUUAUUCUCAUUCGGUUCCGCCGCAUACUCAUACAUAUCCUCAUCACCUUCUUUCCCAGCAUUAUCAUCGUCUACACAUACACCUCAUUUCCUCGCUUUCUUACUUACCGCGGGACUGUUCUCCUCUUUGGGAAGUCAUCUAUGGACAAACAUAUUUAGAUAUCCUGCUUUGAUGAAAGCCCUCACCCAUCCAGCUAGGAUAUCCAGUCCUCAAGCUUUAAUGUCCCAUCAAGGGAUAUUACCUUCUCUAGGUGCCAGUGGAGCUAUCUACGCCGCUUUGGCGCUCACCGCUUGUGCUUAUCCCGAUUCAAGCGUGGGGAUUAUAUUUGUUCCCUUUGUCAGUGUACCGAUUGGAAUGGGAGUGGCGGGAAUGGUCACGCUGGAUCUUAUAGGUUUGAUAAGAGGUUGGAGAUUGUUCGAUCACGUUGCGCAUCUCUCUGGAGCGCUCUUUGGCUUUGUCUACUAUAGAGUGGGCAGGGAAGUAUGGCAAUGGACGAGAGAGAAGUUUGGAGCUGAACAUAAAGGAUCUGGAUUGUUUUGA